AUGGAAUGUGAAUAUACAGUUUCUGCUGUUAAAAAUAAUUUGAAUGUAACUACUUCUUGUGAAGUAUUUCCCCAACCAGAGGAUAUUCAUGUUCAGAGAUAUCAUGAUAUUCGAACUUAUUCCAAAAUGAGCAGGGAAUGUAGUUCGUUGACUAGUACAGUGUUGAAAAAUAGUUUUAUAUGUCUUUUUGUACUCUAUAUAAUUCUAGGUGCAACAGAAUUUAGUGGUAGAAAUGAAGUUAAUGGUACAGAAAGGAAGAAAAGCCAUACUGGUUUAGCGUUUCUACUAUUCAAUAUCUUACUAACAGGUACUGAUUUAUCACCAAUUAGAUAA